CGUACUUCCGCUAAAAUCUCAGCCUGCUAAGCCAUUUCCACUCGCGCUGAGGCGAUUGUUUACAAAGCGAUAUAACAGCAACUACAAUAUGACUAGUAAGAAAACGUUCAAAUUUCAGCGAACCAUCUAUAGUACAGCCGAGCAUUGCUGUGUGCCUCUGUGUCAAGCUUCGAGCAAGUACAACAGUUUACUUAGUUUUCAUACAUUUCCAUCUGACGCGGAAAUCAGGCGAAAAUGGCUUGUAGCUAUCCGGAGGGACAAAUUCACAGUUACUCCCCAUACCCGAGUAUGUAGCCGACAUUUUAACAAGGAGGAUGUUCGUGAGCCCUUAUCAGAGACGGGGAGGCGGCUAUUAAACAAGGGAGCUGUAUAGCUGUCACCUUUACAGAGCCAAGUUCCACUGUAACUCGUUUCCUGCAGCCCAUUGAUGAGAUGUUCAUGUUUCUCAAUUACCUGGCACUGGGUUCAAAACAGCGUGAUCUUGCUGACCGGUAUGGAGUCCACCAGUCCACAGUCAGUCGGAUCAUUACAACAUGGAGCAACUUUCUGUACACUGUGCUAGGGUCUGUGAGGAUCUGGAUACCAGAGGAGAAAAUAAGGGCACAUCUGCCAGCUGAGUUUAAGGACUAUGCAGACACUACAGUCAUCCUGGACUGCACAGAGUUAAGGUGCCAGUGCCCUUCAUCACCUCUUCUCCAAAGUGAAAUGUUCUCAGCAUACAAGUCCCACUGUACUCUCAAAGGGCUGCUUGGAGUGGCUCCUCAUGGGGCGGUCACAUUUAUUUCUCAACUGUACGCUGGUUCCAUCAGUGACAAACAGAUCACGCGUGAGUCUGGAAUUCUCUCCCUUUUGAGACCUGGAAUGGCCAUCAUGGUCGACCGAGGUUUUCUGGUUGAUGACCUUGUACCUUGCAAGAUUUAUAGGCCAGCAUUUCUCUCUGGAAGAUCCCAGAUGUAUGCCUGUGAGGUCAGGGAGACCCAAGCAAUUGCACGCCUCAGGGUGCAUGUUGAGCGCCUCAUACGGCGUGUUAAGGAACACAAGUUCUUUGACACAGAGAUUCCACUUCGGCUUUUUGGCAACAUUAAUCAGCUGUAUACUGUUGCAUGUCUUCUGACGAACUAUGAAAACGGGCCUCUUGUAAAGGCUUGGGCAAAGAAGCCAGAGUAGCAGCAGUAGAAAAAAAAAAAAAUUAAUAACCUAUGACCAUUUGUAUAACUACUUUCUUUAAAUGUACCUUUGUAAAUUACUUUGUAUAAAUUGAAUUUUAUAGUUAAUGUUAUGUAUGCACUGCUGUACAUUGCACAUACUCUUUGAAUAAAGAACUACUGAAUUA